AUCAACAUGGCGUAAGUUUUGCGCCGAACAUGGGCCAGUUUGUGGUUUUUGUCGUUUUGAUCGGUGUUUUCUUCGCAGGACUGUCUUUCAAGUCACUGUGCCUCUAUUUCAUUGUCACUGGCGUAAGCUUUGGCUUGACAUACUUAUUUGUCGCAAAUAAAUGGGAGCUGGAUGGUCUAUUCGAGGAGCUAUUCAAGAUUCUCGAGCUGUUCGGUUUCGGAGCACCUCAUCGUCUCGAGAACAGAAUUCCUUACUCGUCUGCUUUCACAGAUGAUAAUUUUUACCACCUGGAUGAGAUUCCCAAGCCUUUGGAGGAAUGUUUCAAAACGCUUAUCGAGAACAUUAUUCGUGAUUUUAUACGUUCAUGGUACAAAGAUGUCGGAGAAGGGGAAGACUUCAUCUCCGAAACAAGGGAAUCUCUAGAGAUGUUGUGCAUGGAGGGGUACAGACGUGCGUCGCAGAUUGAUUCUCACUACUUGGUUGAACAAGCCUUGGUGGUUUUUCAUGAACAUCUACAAAGGUUUAAUAAAGCAACGGCAGUUGUGAAGGCAAAAGACCCAAAACUGAGGCUUAACAUUAGUUCCUCACAACUUCUCUGUCAAACCUAUGAAUCUCAAUUAACUUCCACACCACCAUCGCUUUUGAGUCCAUCAGCAGAACUCAGUUACUUAAGGAAUGUUAUUGAUUCACUAUUAGCCGCAAUGAGUCCAAAAGAAACCUAUAGUUGUGACACAGGAAGAUUCAUUUUAAGAGAAAUUUUAACUGUGCAAGUGAUGCUACCUUUAGUUAGACUUAUGACAGACCCAGACUGGAUAAGUCAGGCAGUGAUUGAUAUUUUGUCAGAUGACAAUGAUGUGCAGGUUAAGGAAGUUAGUAAAUCAAGUGUUGAGGGGAGUCAUCCUGUUGUGGAAAGUUGUGAUGAACCCAGAAAUGCGGUAAAGUCACAGUUUACUAAAAAGAUACAUACAGCCCCAGUGACAGAGAGCAUCCCACCAGAUCAUGAUCAGGAGAAGUCAAAGGAAGAAGGAGUGAAAAAUAUCCCUAGGAAAGAAAGUAAGGAAUCUAUUGACGACCCGGGAGAGAGGAUUGAAAUUACAUUUCCAGGAAGUGAAGAAAACCCAGAUUUCAAGUGGUCAGUAAGUUCUCAAAGGCAGCCUCCAGUUGGAGAGAGUCAGCAUGAUAAUUCAGAGUCCUUUUUGGUUAUUUCAGUGGAAGAGAACAAAGAGGAGUUAAGUAGGAGAGAAGAGCAAAGUCCAAAUGAAGGAAACUGGUCAACAGAGGUUGCUCCACCUUCUUCAGUAGAAAACCUGACGUCCUUUAGUUUAUCAUCGUCAUGGGGAAUUUGUCCAUCAUCCCAAGACAGAUCUUUUAACACAGGUAGUUUUGAAGACAUGAAAGCAAAUCUCUCAAGAGUUGAAAGUAAUGAUGUUGGGGGAAGGCUGGGAGGAUUUGGAAGCAACUUAAAACAACUAACUUGCUGUCACAAAUUUGAAGAAAGUGUUAAUCAGGCUGCAAACCACCAUAAGUCAAAACAAAAGGGAAGUAAUGUGGAGGAUGAGCCGUCUCCAAGGGUCAGAACUAGAAGCCUGUCUCUUCCAGGAUGUGAUGAACUCUUUGAAAAUAGACCUAAUGGUGAACUCAUAAGAUCUGUCAGUGUACCCAGCAGGUUGGAAAUUGCAGAUUUCAAUGAUUUUGAAGAAUUUUUCACUCCAACCAGUCCAAGAAGGUUUAACAACCCUCAGUUGUAUGGCAGAAGCUUUUGUAGCAGCUCAGACAGCUUUAAGUCAAUGUCAAGUGAAGAAGAACCUUUAGAUGGAUAUAUUGAGAGGGGAGAAGAAGCAUUUGAGCAUUGUGAAGAUGUUAGGUACAGUAUGGGCUCUCACUGGGGAGGUGCAAGACAGAGAAUAACUAAACAAGCUUCCUUUGAGGAGUCCCACGAGAAACAGUCAUCCAAUUCUUCUCCAGGAGCUUUGACUAGUUCUAAAGACAUAUUGUUACCAACCAACUAUGAAAGAUUAAGAAGCACCAAAAGAGCAUUGCAAAGUCAAAAGGAGAUAUCAGAGUUAGCAGACAUCAAGGAAUCCUCUUUAGAAGAUGCAGGAAAAGAUCACUCUGGCAGUGGUGCUGUCCCUCAACAGAAGCCUCUACACUUUGGAUUUGGAGCAAACAAUACAGAAUCCUCCUUUGGUGAUGUUUUUCUAACUGCAGGAAAGAAACUUGUCAACAUCAUGAAGUUUGAUAGCCUGAGCAGCAGUAGUGCAAAGUCAACAGAAACAAGUUCCCUUUCAGGAAGCGAAUCCCUAGAUUAUACUUCAGGGAAUCAAAGCAAAGUUACAACAAAGAAAGAGUCAUUAGGUGAUGGAAGAACAACAUACAGUUCAUUUAGUGGAAGACGGUUAUCAAGAAGUGAUGCUGUGAUCCAAGAAUCUGUGGAUAGUGGAGGAGAGGCAUAUUUUGGAACACCUAGGGAGGAUCAUGUACAAGAGAUUAAGGAUAUGAAAAGGAAGGGAGAAACAGUAGAUGGAAGUGAUGUGGGAGUGGUGAAGAGAAUGCAUCCUAGUCAAUUGAUUACCAUUCCCAGCACAAUUGUAGCUCUUGAAACAACAUGGGAACCAGGGAGAAACAAGUACACAUUGUACAAAAUAGAGUAUGACAUUAGGAUUUGGAAUGAUGUGUAUAAAGCAGCAAUUAAGGAAGCUAACAAUGCAGCAAAGAAAGAAAGAACAAAGAGAAAGCUCUAUGCUGGUGCAGAUAAUCCACCAGAGGAUGUGGAAAUUUCAAUGGAUAUGAUCAAGAGAAAUGUCCCCCUGAAGCGUGUGAUAAACCGACGCUACAGAGAGUUUAUGGAGCUUCAUAAUCGUUUAACUGGUGGAAAGCUGUCAGGUUACAUGAAAGAUAUUCUGAAACCCAAUAGGAAAUACAAUCUGCCGUUUGGAAGACUUGACCCUCAUGUGGUAGAGGGAAGACGGGAACUCCUGCAACAUUAUUUAUGGAGCCUAAUUUUCAAACCAGCAUUAUGCAGUAGUGAAGAACUGAAGCAGUUUCUUGGUGUGACUGGAGGAGAACAGAUAUCUUUCAUUAAACCCAGUGUAGCACAGAUUGUGAGCCAGUCAGUUCAUGUUCCACGCGUUGACAAGAUGCUGAGUCGGCAAGUGACCAAAGUUAUUGACAGUAUCAAGACUGCUUUUGAUUCAGUUGAAGAGGAAGAGAAAGUAUCUGAGGAAUGUGCCACUACUACUACUACAAGUGAAGAUGUAGUAAUUCCAUGGAAACUAACCUGUUAUCACAAUGGUGCUUCUGGAAAAUCAGGAAUUGGUUUUGAUCAAGAGAGUAAUUCAACAGAGUCUUACUACUUGGCAUUUCUUGCCUACCACGAAGAGUUCACUCCACCCACUCCACCUUCACCAAUUCAGUCCCACUCAGAAGAAAAAUACAAAAAUAGUGAUGAACAAGAUGGAUUUCACCUCUGGAAGGAAAAGUUGGACAAGAAUGUGGCAGAUUCUGACUCAGAGGAAGAAGCUUCCUUGUGGGAUGCACGUCAGUCAUUAGGACUUCGCACAGCUGGUGAUGGAAGUGACAAUCCUGAUGACCCUAUUCCUGCUCCAGCAGGCCAAGUAUUAUCCUUCCAAAGAGUACGCUCAGGAGCCAUCUUCAAGAAGUAUUUACCCAACAAUUUACUAGCACCUGAGUCUUUGGCUGCAAAUCAACCUGCUCCAAGGAGCAAGUCUAUGGAGGAGAUUGCCUCUGUGCCAUCUACCAGCAAGUUUCAGUUCAAACCACAAAAGAUUUUGGAAGUUGCCAAACGAAUUGGGCAGGGAAACAGGAGUGAAUCUCUAGAAAACCUUGAUACACUGUCCACUUCUAAGAAACCAGGUACCUUCAAGAAAUCUCUGAAAGAAAAUUCAGUACCCAUUCUUGGUGCAAAUCCUAAGAAGAGAAAAUUUGCUUCCUCCACGGAGUUGCUACUUCAUCCAGAGGAACCUUGCAUAGUCUCUAGAAUGGAUCAGCCAAGUAACCCUGAGAGUGGGUCUCAUAUGGAUAGGAGCUCAGCUGGGUCAGAUCUUCAGUGUCCUCUUUCAGAAACCAUUCUUGCUCUGCUGUGUGAGCUUCUUAAAGAACGUAGAUCUUGGUUGACAAUUGACAGAGUUCAGCAAGCCUUCAUGGCCAUUUUUGGAGGGCUGUUUGAAUGGCAGAUUCAAAGUGGAGUAGAUGACAUCACAACUGAUGACAGCUGGGCACUGUAUCUUAACAAGCUGAUUGAAGCAUUAUGGCCUGGUGGAAAGUUACGUGAAGAGUUUGAAACACCAAAAAGUGAGCUGGAAAAGUCAAGAACAAGAAAGGAAGCAGUACAUGCCUUGAUGAAUGCAUUCCCAGGUUUUAUCAUGUUGUUGAUUGGUCCUCGAGUUUACCAUCAGACUGCUGUGAACAUUAUUGACUCUAUGCAAUAUCCCCAAAUCAACAAAAUCUUGGUUUACACUAUGUUGGAGUUGCUGUUUUCAGAAUUUGUGCCAGAAAUUCAAGACAGCUUACAGUUCUAUAGACGUGUGACAAGAGAAAAGUAACUUGUUAUGUAACACGUAUAAUAAUUUAGCUUAUAGGAGAUAAGCGAAUGUUGCUUUUUAUGCAUGCUGAUUAGCUAGUUCAGAAGUGAGUAGCAAGUACUAUUCUCUGCCAAGCAGCUGAUGAGACAAAAAUUGAACAUCAAGAGGUUAAUUUUAGACCAUUAUUAUAACUAUUUGUUUGGCAUUUGUGUGGUGUAUAGUAAAAUGAUUAUGCACCUCAAUGUCAGUGAAAGUGGUGGAUAAUUACCUUGCUGCUUCCCAGCUCCCUAAUAUCCACCACAAGUCACUUCAGUAAAUAAUUGUUAAAUAUGACAAACAAAUAGUUAAGAACAGUUUGCAGCAUAUGGAGACAAUCAUUUGGUUGCAUGAUGCUACCUUAUCUGAUAAUUCAAUGUCAUAUUAGGUUUUUUAUUGACUAAAUUUUAUUUUCUUGGAAAUUUGAAGUGUUGCAGAGGCUUUACUCAACUUGUUCAGUGCAGUAAUAGAGAGAAAGAACAAAAACAUGUCAGAUGAACUGCUUACCUAAUCAUCCACAUUUUGCAAUGCCUAUGCUGUUGUAACUCUUUGAUAGUCACCUUCAUAUGUGGCUAUGUGUUGCAUUUGGUGCUGGGCAUUUUGUAUAUUGUUAGUCUGUGUGCAUGAGGUACUUGCACAUCAUAGCCAGCAUAUCGGUUGAUUGUCUCUUCCCAGUCUACUUACUAGGUAUUAUAAUGUAGCCUACAGUUUAGUUAGUAAUUACCUAAGAGAAACUUUAAAUUGGCAGUGAAUGGUGUGGUUAAUUAAAUGGAAAAAGGUUAUUUAUUAAAUUUUUACACAGAUUUUGAUUUUUGUUCUUACUGCAUAUGUUAAAUUUCAGGUCAAUUGUCAGAAGUAAGAAAUAAAUUAUAUCCUAUUUAAUGUACAAUCAAAGAUAUUACAUAAGACUAGUAUAGCAUAUUUAUGAUUUGUCAAAUUUAAUUAUUAUGUUCCUUUCAAGUGGGGCAGAAGAGGGUAUUGACCAUAUUGAGAAACAUCAAAAAACAGAAUUUGAGAAUCUAAGUACUAAUUUUUUAUUACUAUCACACAAAGUUGAAUUACAUCACAUUGCAUUACUUAUUGUUUAAAAUCACCAAUGUUUUACUUGAAGUUAAAAAAUGCAAUAGAGUGGAAUAAAUGAAGACAUGGCAUUAAUAUAGAUCACAUGCCUAAGGUUGAUGUAUUUAACUCUAUCAGGUCAUCUCUCUAUCCACAAAUAUAAUCAUCAUUCACCUUAUAAUGGCAUUGUGAUAACACUGAAAGGUUAAGUUUUAAGUAAAACUUUUAUUUUGUUAUUUUUAUUGCUUAAAUUUUUAAUGGCUGUUGUAUAAAAUGACAAAAGGCUGCUCCUGGGCGAUACGUUAAUUUGUAUGGUUUUGAUGUAUAUUUGAAAAUUCUCAUUAAGCUAUCUGCUUUUAAUAGUGCUGAUAUUGUUAUUUUAGGGGACUGUCACCCUCACUAUGCUCAUUAUGUUUGGGUUUCCUCUUGAAAACAAAAAAAAAUUUAGUUCUAAUUUUUUAAUUACAUUAUUUCUUUUCAAAUGGUCUCUAGUAAAUGUUAUCUUUUGGGACAGACUACAUACCUGAUUUUCAGUAGCUAAAUGUAUUUUCCUUAAACAGAGAAGCCUCAAUUAAGGUCUAUGUUUACAAUUAGAUAUCACAUUUAGUAUCUAGCAAACUAAAGGUACCUUCAAAAAUGGGUUGUGAUGUAGGAUUAAGCUGUUGUAUGUCAGAUCUCCUACUUGUGGAAUUUCCUUUAAACAGUCUUUUUUAUAACUGUACAGUUAUAAAUUAGUGGACCAGCCUUUUUUGACAAGGAGGGGGAUGAGGACUUAGUGCUAUGGAAGUCACCCUGUAGGCUUUCAUAUUUCAUUCUACUUUUUCAUAGCCUUUUAACACAGUCUGAAAUGUUCCCUAGAUGUACUGGAUUUUGUUGUUUACCAAUUUUCAUUUGCAAUGUAUUUUGUCUCAAAAUGAAUAACAGUUAAUUUCUGAUUACCUCAGUGAAGGUGGGCCCAUUAAUUUGUUGGUGCCUUCUAAUUUGUAGAACCUAAUAGAAGAAUUAUCGUUUACAGUCAUUAUUAUCCUGAUCAUCACUUUCAUGGGUCCUUUUUCUGCUUAACUGCAACUUUAAAAUACAUGUAUAACUACUCAGUUUGGUUUUGACUAUCAUAAGAUGAUUUUGGCCUUUGUCCUUUGCCUUGAAGAGUUAAGCAAUUGUUGCAAGUAUUUUGUUCUGAACUCUGACAAGUGGAGCAACAUCUUACAUCAUCACAGUUUGACUCACUGUACUGUUUGAUCUGAAGGAGUCACCUCAUCUUUUUUAUCACUUGGCAACAGUUACAAUCAAAGAGGCAAUCUAUACAAAGAAAAAUUCUGCCUGAUCCAUUUUUCUCUCCCCUUCAAAUGCCAUUUCAUUUUGCUGGGUGUCCAUAGUCCAAUCCUGCCAUCCCCUCUGUCAACUAAAAAAAAUUGUUUGCAACACAUCUAUUGAGAGAAAUGUAUCCAAUAUAUCAAGAAUUUAUUGAAUGUAUUUAAGAAAGGAUAAUUAUAUGAAAGUACUCAGGUUCUCAGCUACUGUUGUGUCUCAAGAUCAGUCAAUAAAUAUGAAAAUUGA